GCGUGUCGAGAUGAGGCUUUCGGUGGUAAAUUUCUUCAAGAAAAGUGUAAAUGGACACAUUUUUCGUGGUAAAUAUCGUUUGGUAAAGCGGGUGACGGAACGCGCCACCCAAACCCAGAUCCGCGAGUACGAACAAACCGAGGCCAACAUGAAACUGUUGCUUCAUCCAUAUCUGACGAAGGAACAAUCCAGCGGUCAUGCGAAGGAACUGGGCAAGAAGGAACAGAUUGUGGCGAAAUGGCGCGAGGAACAACUCAAGAUGAAACCACACGUCACGAUAGCGGAACGUUUGGCCCAUCUGCGAGUAAAAGAUGUGUGGGAUUGAGUGUUGUGCGUUGUUUGGGUAGGAUAACUUAGUAAUA